AUGACAGAUAAUCACCCUUUCGGGAGUGGGAUGUUCUAAGGACAAGCCAAAUUCGUGGAUUAUGCUCACAUGAAUUAACAAGAAGUGUAAGUGAACACUCUCGAUGAGCCUGUGUUGGAUACUCUAUUGAGAGACAUCAACAUGAUCCUGUAUAAAUUGUCCUAUGUGAUCAUUCCAAGGAUGAAGGAGACCCAAGGAAGGAAGCUGAGGAAUUGGGAUUUAUGGGGACCAUUACUCCUAUCAUUGUUGCUAGCGAUGACCCUGGGCAUCAAUUCGAAUCAGUCAUCUGACACUAUCUUUGGCACAAUCUUUAUAAUAAUGUGGGGAGGGUCUGCUGUGAUAACAGUAAAUGCAAAACUGUUAGGUGGAUAAGUAUCCUUUUUUUAGAGUGUUUGCGUCCUUGGUUAUUGUGUAUUUCCAAUCAACGUAGCUGCUGUUGUGAUAACUUUCCUUUAAUCUUAUUUUGGAUUUUUCUUGAGAUUGAUUAUUGUUGGAGUUGCAUUUCUGUGGUCGACAUUUUCUUCGCUGUCUUUUAUGAGUAGUAUGAUGAACGAGGAGAAGAAGGUCAUUUCUGUGUAUCCCAUAUUUCUGUUUUACAUGUUCCUUUCAUGGUUUUGCAUUUUCAUUUGAUUUUUAUAUAGAGUAUUAGGAAUGCAUUUAAUUUAAGAUAA